GCAGCGGUUCCUUCAGGCAGACACAUACCAUGCGCUGUCUGUCAACACAAGUACUUGUGUCAAAAGCUUGCCGGACACCACGCCACUACACCAAUGCGCUACGGAGCCAGCGCCUAGCUCGGUGCACGGAGCAGAGUGGGCUGACCAGAACUACUCUAAACGUGUCCUUGUCACAGAAGCUGCAAUCAGCCCCGUGUCUACAGAUAGAUAUCACUGCACGGAGUCUGCGCCGUCGGCCCGGUGGUGACUUGUUCAGUUAGUACCUCAAUUUAGGCAAGUAACCAGGUAAUGCAUUUUGAAGACAAAGGUUGGUAUGUGGACACUUUAAUUUUUUUUCUUAUAUUGGAAAUUCAGAAAAUGGCAGGGCAUUGCAUGAGGCAAUGCCCUCCCAUUUUUACCAGUAACUACAACAGAGUGGGCACAAGUUUUAUACCAAUUUAUAAAUCUCGAUAGCUUUACAAGUUUUUAAAAUGGUCGUACACUUCAGUUUUAUACAUUUUUUUACAGGAAUGUAUUUAUUAGGGUUCCGAACGUACGUAGUACCUACAUAAACGUAGCCCUUAUUAUAUCAUCAUCAUCAUCAUCAUCAUCAUCAUCAUCAUCAUCAUCAUAUCACUGGCGCACAAUUUAAUGUCUGUCUGUUUUCUCCGAAUGUAGUUGUUGGUACACAUAUCAAUUCUUGUGACCCAAACGCAGUGAUGUAAUACGUGAUAGGUGAAUUUGAAUAUGGGUAAGUUGGAAAGUUGAAAAAAAGUCGUGUGCCACAUAAAAUGAAAGGUCUUGAUAAGAGGAUUUAAAAAAAAAAAUUGGAAUAAAAAAAAUUGCUUUCAAGUUAUAUAAACAAAUAGUCGACAAAUUAUCAUGGCAAUUUUCUCCGAAACUACUGUAUGUAAAAUUUAAAAAAAAUACAGAAAUUAGCUUUUUACUUGAAGAUUUUUAAAAACAUUGAAACUCUGAAUUUUUUUUGAAAUAAAGGCCACUUUUGGGGGUAACAUGGAAAAUUAUAAAAUAAAAUCAAACCGCAUCGUGUGACAUAUCAAAUGAAUUAUCUAGAUAAGAUGAUUUCAAAUAUAUUUUAUAAUUAAAUAUAUAUUUGGAGUUAGAUCACAGGAUAACUUGUACGAGUUCACGAUCUGUGGAAAUGAUGGUAAUGAUCACUAAUGUGGUAAAUCUUUCAAUAUGUUGUGCCUACCAUAUACCAUGCUUAUUCUUAUAAAACCUAUCAUCAAAAUCAAAAUUAUUGUUAAGUUUUGUUUUUUUAGGUUUAGAGAAUGAAAAUUAUAUAAUUAGGUACAACUUCCGGUCACUUUUCAACAACACGAUAGAUUACCAACGUUCGGAACACUCGGCACGCACUUGUCCGGCUUCUUCUACAAAAUAAAUAAAACAGUAUUUGUAAAAAUUGUAUCAUAAUUCAUUGGUACUUAGAGCCGUGAUAGCCCAGUGGAUAUGAUCUCCGCCUCCGAUACCGGAGGGUGUGGGUUUGAACCGGUCCGCGGCAUGCACCUCUUGAAUUAAUGCCAAUUGAUGUAAAAACAAAAUAUUCCAUAAUAACAGAGCAGUACCUUCAAAUAAAACCUAAACUGAAGGAAAUUACAUACAAUAAACAACUAAGAAGUUCAAAAAAAUGUAAAUUGUAUGUACCGAUCAUAAAUGGGUAUGGUAAGAGAAGGCUGGAAUAUAUUGUUCCAACAAUCUUUAACGAUUUUCCGGAUGCGGUAAAGAAUCUUCUAAAAGAUACCAAUAUACUCACGAACGUACAUAAGCGGAAACUAAAGAAUUAUUUUUUGGGACAGCCUGUGUAGCGUCGCAGCACCGGUUCACUCACACUUUUAUUUAACUACCCUAUUUGAUUAUUAUCUUGGUAUUUAUCCUCUUCUGUUUGUUAAUCUGUUUAUUUAUCCUCUUCUGUUUGUUAAUAAUGUUCUGUUUGUUCCUAAAUAUUGUAUUAUGCAAUAAUAACCAGUGCACAGUAAAACCAACUGUGGUUUGUGUUGCACUAUGAUUAGGCUUAAAUUCAAUGUGUUGUUUGUUGAAUAAUAAAUAAAAAUAAUAAUAAUAAAAUACAUUCUUGAAAUGCAAAAAAAAUUAAAUAUCACGUGUCUCAAACGGUGAAGGAAAAACAUCGUAAGGAAACCUGCAUAACAGAGAAUUUUCUUAAUUCUCUGCGUGUGUGAAGUCUGCCGCAUUGGACCAGCGUGGUUGACUUUUGGCCUAACUCUUCUCAUUCUGAGAGGAUACUCGAGCUCAGCAGUGAGCCGAAUAUGAGUUGAUGACGAUGACAUUGAUAUUUUAAUCUAAAAAUUUUAAAAAUAUAGAAAAAUAACAAUUUAAAGAUAAUUAAAUAAAUCUAAAAAAUGAUGUGUGGUACCAAAAUGGAUAGCAUGGCGUUUUGUAUUCGCUGCACUAAUCGGUGAGUGCGGGCCAUAGUCGAGCACCAGACAGUGCAUCGGCGUAAGUUAACUUUGAUAAUAUGAAAGUCUCGCAAACCUUAAGUCGUACUCUAUGUCGCACGCGGUAUAAAAUUUUUAGCUUGAAAACAAGUUCGGACGGAAAAAGAGUUCGAACCGAAGGUCACUGUCAGUAAGAACGACCAAGUUCUUAAUUUCAGCCGUACGUUCUAGAACUUCGCCCCUAAUACAAACUGGGGGAGCAUUGUGAGUUUCUCGAUACUUCUCCGAGUUCCAAGAAUCUUGUAUUUGGUCUUAUUUGAGUUUCAGAGAAGUUGAUUUGAAUCAGCCCAGUCUGCAAUGCUGUCCAAGUCUGCAUUCAUUGCAGUUAUACCCUGUAAAACAUUACCAGAGUUAAAAGAUGUGUAUAUUUGUGUAGGUUUGUAUACUGUUCAUUAUAUCUGCCGUAUAAAUAGUGAACAAAAGAGGACCUAGAGUAGAUCCUUGUGGUACACCGUUUGUAACAGGUUUGCGUGUCGAAUUAACGCACAGCCCAUUAGAGUCACGUAGCUGCACCAACUGUGACCGUUCCGACAGAUAACUAUCGAACCACUGCAAGGUUUUGGAUUGUAAACCAGUGGCAGUACCACGGUAUUCCCUAAAGCCAGAUUGUCUAUCAGGUAAGAUGUUAAUUGUUAUGCCUUUCUACAAUGCCAACUGUUUAGAACAUAGAUACAACCCUUUAAAAUAUCUUAGAAAGACAGGGAAGAAGACUGAUGGGACGUAAGUCCGUAAGUGAAGUUACAUUUGUUUUUUUGGAAUUGGUCUAACUAUAGCGGUUUUCCAUUCAUGCGGAAAGACAUUUGUUGCAAUGGAACGAUUAACAUGGAACGAUUAUUCCAGUUAUAACGCAUAAGGUUAAGGGCAAGGUUAACGAGAUAUGUUGAAAUGAAAAUCGGUUGAGCCGAUUAAAAGUUGUGGGCAUAAAAGUGGGGAAGAACAACCGAAUGUCUGCAAAUAACUCGAAUGGGGUCUCAAAUGAAAGCGCAUUGAAAGAGAAUAUUGACGACUUGAUCGAGAGUGUAAUUAAUAAUUUCAUGACCAUGGGUUUUUUUAAAUUUACAAUUUUAUGUUAUUACACAAAAAGUGUUCUUUUAUUUUAAAAAAUAAUGGAAAUGUCGCCGUUAGAAAAGGCUCUUGGUAUUAUAUCUUUUAUUAUUUAAAUUACUUCAGAUUCAAGACUGCUCGAUACCUUUAGUUAACUUUUUGAAUUAUUUAAUUCUUUCGAAAGAUAUCAAAACCAUAAAAAAUAUGAGUAGGUACACAAGUUAGUUCUAGAAGUUAGUUCUAGUUGCUGCUCAAGAAACCUCUAUACUCAGUGAGAUUUACCUACUAUCAGUGACAACGAAACAGAGAGACAUCACAAUUUAUUAGUUGAUCGAGUUAGUUGUCCCCCCACGCCCCCCCUGCCCGCUCUCGUCGCGGGUCGCAGGCGGAACUGGGUCGGCGGCGCAGGUACGAGUGGGUAUCGGUUAUUGAUGUCAGCCGCCAGGUCGCUCAUCUAAUUACUCGACCAUAGGCCACUUCGCCCCUCGCUCUGUUGCUGCAACUGUAAUGCUAAACUAAACCUUAUUACAAAAUGAAGUUCUUUGCUGGUGAACUUUUACUAUGUACUCAUUGGACGAUUGAUGCUAUCCGCCUGUGACCUUAACCUACUCAUUUCAAUUCCUCUAUUAUUGGGUUAUAAAUUAAAGAAGGUUCAUAUCGGCGUCGCUCCGUUGCGCGGCUACCAUCGGUUAUACAUAUUUAAGUUGUUAAGUAAUCCAGUUAUCAGUGAGUCACGAGCGGCGGACAUCGGGCGCCGGCGGGAAUGGCGGGCGGCGAUGUCGAUGCGUGUCGUGACAGCGCGUAUCGAUUGCGAGCACUUCCGCGUACCGAGCACGCCGCCCGCCCGCGCAGGCGCGCCGCCCGCCCGCGCCACUCGCCGCCGCCCUCCGCCCGGCUCGCGCGCCUCGCCGCCUCGCCGCCUCGCCGCGUACCUGUACGACGUUUGCGCGAGUGCACGCGUACCACGACUCCCGUGCCGAAUUGUCGACUGCCCGCGAUGUUGACUGACGGGACGUCGGCGGAGAGACGAGUCCGAUCCUGAGCAUCAGCCUCACGCACGAGUAUGACAUCGCAUUGAUCGUUAGCUGCGAGUCUGUGCCCGGGCGGCGGACUCAGCCCCGGGCGCGCGCCCCCCAUGUGAGGCCGUGCUGGCCGCUGUCAGCGCGACUCCAGCUCGCGUCGGCACUCGGCAAGGUGAAGGGCGCCGUGCGGGCUCGUUCAUCAGCUACCUAAUGAGCAGUCUGCAAUCAAUCAUUCCUUAUCGACAAUCAGAAAUCAUUGCUGAAACGUUGCAACAGUUGACCGGUUCACUCACUCACUCACUCGUUCACUCACCCAGUCAGAGCCUACACCCGAGCGAGACGACAACACGAAUGCUAAAGCGGAGUGAUGAUUUAAUCACCUUUCACCUGUCGGUUUAAAUCACACUAAUAUUCUAGAGGCGAAAGUUUGUGUGUUAGUGUUUAUCUAGGUAUAUUUGUUAAUCCUUGUUGUAGCUACUGAACCGAUUUGGUUGAAAUUUAAAAUUUAAAUAGAUUUGAUCCUAGAUUAAUAUAUCUAUUGCCAUUUAUCCCUACUUUUAAGAUUAAUUAAAAGUGCUUUCUUUGUGUGUAUUUUUCAUUAUUUUCAGAAUUCACAGUUCUUUUUUUCACUUGACUUGAAAUAAGUGACAAUAAUAUAAUCUCAGAAUACACAAAAACACCAGAAGCCACGUUUAGAUGUCAUUAUAUAGCGCGCAGUGUGUCCAAAAAUUGUAGCAACAUCCCGCACUCUUCGCACUUCCCACCCGCGUAAUGUUGCUAGUACAUGACGAUUUUUCCCUAUUUUGUGGUAAAAGUUUAUAAUGUUAGAAGGAAAACAAUAAGUGUAUAACUGUAUAGUUCAUCACAUUAAAUGUUAACUUAUAUGGUAAAUUGACGGCCUCCGUAGCGCAGUGGUAUGCGUGGUGGAUUUAAUGAGGGAGGUCCUGGGUUCGAUCCCCGGCUGGGCCGAUUGAGGUUUACUUAAUUGGUCCAGGUCUAGCUGGUGGGAGGCUUCGGCCGUGGCUAGUUACCACCCUACCGACAAAGACUUACCGCCAAGCGAUUUAGCGUUCCGGUACGAUGUCGUGUAGAAACCGAUAGGAGCGUGGAUUUUCAUCCUCCUCCUAACAAGUUAGCCCGCUUCCAUCUUAGAUUACAUCAUCACUUAACAUCAGGUGAGAUUGUAGUCAAGGGCUAACUUGUAAAGAAUAAAAAAAAAAAAACAGUGGGACCGGUUUUUUAGUGAUUGCUAAGAGUCAGCAAGAAAAUGAACUCUUGCUUGGAAAAUUAAUAUAAUUAUUAUUUAUUAUACCUUUUUUGCAAAAUUGAAUGACAACCGCUUAAUGUUACUGCCCAAAUUUAAUAAAUUUAUUUAGGUAUUAUAGGACCGAUUUUUUUAAAUAGAUAUUUUAGUAUCGCUUAUUAAUCAUAAAAUAAAAUAUGCAGUAGAAAUUUAAUAAUUAAGUGUCAUAUUACUAUUUCACAUGAAGGUAAUCUGGUCAAAGCUGAAAAAGAAAAAGUACCUAUCAAAAUACUUAUAUUAUAAGUAUGUUAUAUUGCACUAUCCGCUUUCCUUUCUUUAAAAAUUUUAUUUAAGGUUGUCUGGAGGAGAUCGCUUUUAGCGAUAAGACCGCCUUUGCGCAUCUUACUUUUUUAUUUUUAUUUUCUCUUCUCUUUUUUGUAUCUUAUUUGUGUGCAAUAAAGAAUUAAAAUAAUAAAUAAAUAAAUACUUGGACCUCACGAGAUUACAGCCAGAUUGUAAAAUGUUGAGACAACUAUUAUUGUUUCGACAGUCCUUUCAGACAAUGGUCUUAUAGAGAAACGCUUGACCAACAUCUUAAGCAGUAUUCGCUUAACAGCUGGUUAUAGGGUCGGAUACAGAAAGCAGUGACUCUUGAGACGGCGCGAAUUGCGAGGAGGUUGGACACGAUGGAACCCUGACCACUGGUUGCUUGGGCACUCUGAUGUCCCGCAGCGGGAGAUUUUUUUUGUAAAUUUUUAAUAGUAUUUUGUAUUUUUUUAACAUUUAAAAAAAAUCAAGACAAGGACAAAUAAAUAAUAGAUAUAAUAUGACGGUUAUUAUAAUACUUAUCAACUAACAAACUAAAGAAAUACAUAUUUACAAUAAUAAUUUUAUAUAUUCCAUAUAAUUAUAUAAAAUUAUUAUUAUAAAUAUGUAUUUCAAUCGUGUGCACAGUUAUUAUUAUCUCGUCUUAUUUCUCUAAUCUUUAUGUCUCUUAAAAUUCAUGUAUAAAUAAGGCCAUAUAAUUGGUUUAAUAUCUUAUAAGAAUGUGUUUGAAGAUAAAAAUAUUUUAUUUAAUCACUCCUCUUGCUCAAACAAACAAGCAAACAAGUAGGUACACAAAAAAACAAAAGACCAAAAAACGAAAACAAACAUAUGUGCAAACAAACACACAAACAGGUAAGAACGAACGAACUUAUUAUAAUAUAGUACGCCAUUGUUAUUUGUAAAAUUUUAAAGCUUUAAGAUUAUUUUGCACUUUCUUUAUCUGCGCUGAUUACCGCAAUUUUAUUUCAACUUACUUGCCGGAACCUAUGCCUACCUAUUUAGUUGAUUAAUAUUUUACUUAAAUGAUAAAUCCUUGAAUAGAAAUUAAAAGUAGGGAAAAUCAAAACCAUUACAUUGGCAACACUUACAAAAUGGAGGCAUCGGUUUCUGUGACAACGAAAUUUACGUAAAAUUAUUCAUUAUUAUAUCAUAACAAUAUUUAUAUGUGCUACUUACACAUGAAAUGGGAUCCCAUACAGUUUCUUUUUAUUACCAACGGCAUUUUUAAUGGCUUCACUCCUUUGCGCUAUCACCCCUUCUGGUGUUUUUCUGUAUUAAAAACACCAGAAGGGGUGAUAGCGCAAAGGAGUGAAGCCAUUUAAACUACUCAUUUUAUGAGUUAGUACACUACCAAGCGAUCGCUCUGUGUUUGUCGUGUUGUUUGACGUGCUUUACAGGUGACAAAUUAAAUUAAAUUAAGCCGUCUUGUGCCAUUUCUUCGUGUAAAAAUGCCGUUGAUAAUAAAAAGAAACUGUAUGGGAUCACAUUUCAUGUUUAAGUAGCACAUAUAAAUAUUGUUAUGAUAUAAUAAUGAAUAAUUUUACGUAAAUUUCGUUGUCACAGAAACCGAUGCCUCCAUUUUGUGGCGCCCAUGUGAGCGGGCGCCGGCGGCGGGCGCAUGGCGGCCAGCGGCGCCGAGCGCCGGCCGCGCCGCGGGCCCGCGCCCAUCGCCUCCUUCGACCACGACUACUCCGACGAGUCCAGCCCCGAGGGCAAGCUGCGCCAGCCGCUGCCCGCCGUGCGCGAGGACUCGCUGGCGCCGCCCGAGCAGCGCGCGCGCUCGCACUCCUCGCCCGCGCUCGCGCCGCGCAUCGACAUCUCGCGCGCCUCCAGCUCCAGCCACCACGACUCGCGCGACAGCUCGCCCGAGCUGGCGCUGUUCGCGGGCGCGGACGCGGGCGAGGACGUGGGCGAGGAGGCGGGCGCGCGCCUCGCGCUCGGCUUCCGCGAGGACGGCGCGCUCGACCUCCGCUCCUCCACUGAGGAGCUGGCCUUUCUGGAGGGCGCGCCCGGGCCCGCACCGCGCGCCGAGCAGCGCGCCGAGCCGCGCGUCGAGCCGCGCGCCGAGCCGCGCGCCGCGCCGCUCGAGCGCCGCCACUCGCGCAAGGACAGCCAGGGCUCGGAGGCGGCGCUGCUGGGCGUGUCGGGCCGCACCAGCCGCCUGUCGAGCGUGGGCUCACAGUGCUCGGCGCACUCGGCGCUGUCGGCGCUCGGCCGCCUGUCCGUGGCGUCGGGCGCCUCGCGCUCGCCUUCGCCGCACCGCAUGCUGCUCGAGACGUCCUUCUGCGGGCCCAAGCCCAUCGAGACCGACCCCGACGUGUGCGCCGCAGCCGUCGAGGAGCGUCUGCUGGAGCUGGCGCAGCUCGCCCCCGCACCCGCCCCCGCGCCCGCUCCUGUGCCCGCUCCCGUGCUCACGCCCGUGCCGGCUCCCGCUCCCGCGCCUGCGCCGCCCGUGGACGCGCGCGACCGGCGCGAGGUGCGCACCGAGGUGACGCUGGAGCGCGCGCGGCCGGCCAGCGCGCCGCGGCUCGCGUCGCCCGCCGCCCCCGCCGCCCCCGCCGCGCCCGCCGCGCCCGCCGCGCCCGACGACGACAAGCGGGCCAAGGAGAGCAGGAACCGCGCGCGCGCCGAGCAGCGCCGCGCCCGCAUCGAGCCCGCGCCGCUGCACGCGCGCGGUGACGUAGUGCGCAUCAGGCUCAAGCCGGAUCACGAAUACGACGACGACGACGACGACGGCGCCGACGAGCCCGCCGCCGACGCCGAGCCGGCGCGCAAGCCCGCCACGCUGGAGCUGGCCGCGCCCGCCGGCCCGCAGGCGCCGCGCCGGCCGCGCGACAGUCGCACGCCGUCGCCCGCCGGCGCGCCCGUGUCGCGCAAGUCCUCCUUCUGCUCGCUGUUCAAGUCGCGCGAGACGAUCGCGUCGCCCGAGUCGCCGGGCGAGCUGCGUCGCAAGCGGAGCGUGGGCGAGGGGCGCGCGCGUAGCGGCAGCCGGGAGCGCGCCGCCGCCGCCGGCAAGAUCAAGGGCUCCGUGCUGGCGCUGUUCAAGACGCCGCGCCGCGCGUCCCCGGCGGGCGGCUCGCGCGACGCGUCCCCCCCCGCGCAGCCGCCGCGGCCCUUCCCGCCGCCCGAGCGCGCGCCGCGGCUCAAGUACUACGAGGACGCGCACGACGGCGUCAUCCACAUCCCGCUGCGCACGCCGCCCGACGAGCCGCGCCCGCCCGAGCCCGAGCCCGCGUCCGCUCCCGCCGCCGCGCCCGCCGCCGCGCCUGCCCCGCUCGCUCGCGCCGUGUUGCCCGACGGCAGCGUCAUCAUUCCUCUGCGCUCGCCCACGGAGACGGCCGCGGGCACCGCCCCGGGCUCACCGGUCGCCGCCACGCGCUCCGCGCCCACUCCGGCCGCCGCCGCGCCCGCUCCGGCCGCCGCCGCGCCCGCUCCGGCCGCCGCCGCGCCGGCGGAGGUCUCGCCGGCGGAAGCUCCCACGGAGCCGCCCGCGGAGCCGCCCGUGGAGGCAGCCGCCGACGGACGAGCGGAACGGCCGCGCAGGGAGCGCCUGGUGUUCACGACUCACGUCGGCAGCGCGGAGCAGGUGUUCAGCACGCAGCUCAGCAUCACCAAGACGCCGAGCGUCACCAGCGAGAUGUCCGAGUCCACCCCGAGCUUCCCGGAGAGCGAGGAGCCGCGCGCCGAGUCGCGCGAGCCGAGUCCGGCGCCGGACGCGCGCGACUCGUCGGGCUCGGACGCCGGCUCGGACGCGCCGCGCGGCAGCGAGGCGGAGCGGCGCGGGCUCGUGGUGCAGGAGUCAUUCGAGGAGCUGCCGUACGUGCCCACCACGCUGCCGCUGGAGCGCUCGCUGGCGCUGCCCAUGGUGCCGGUGCGCGAGCGCGGCGGCGUGCGCGUGGCGGCGCUGCAGCGGCCGCGGGCGGCGCGCGGCGCGCUGGGCCCGCUGCCGCCGCCGCCCGCGCGCGCGCCGCCGCCGCCGGCCGAGCGCCUGCACAUCCGCCUGCCGCGGCGCGCGCGGGCCGCGUCCGCCGCGUCCGCCGCGUCGCCCGCGCCCGCGCCGCGGCCGGAGCGCGCGCGCUCGCGCAGCGGCGGCGACGCGGGCGCGUGGGUGGACUUCUCCGAGGUGCCGGAGCGGCGCAAGCAGGCCAAGCGCAUCCAGACGCUGCCGGCGGCGCGCGACGCCGUGCUGUUCAGCUACGUGCCGCCCGAGCGCUGCCGCUGCGAGUGCCACGCGCACGCGCCCGCGCCGCCCGACGACGAGCGGCCGCUGCUGGCGCCCGCGUGCUCCGCCGCGCAAGGCCCGCCCUUCACCGCCGACCUGGACCUGGAGCCGCUGGAGCCGCACUGACGCCGGCCGCUCGACGCGAGCUCGAACUUUGACGGCGUUGGAACAUUAUCUUCUACGACGCGUCUCGAAAGAGAUGCCUAUCAUUUUUGAGAUGUAAAUUUACCCGUUAGAUAUACCCACUUACCUAUAUGAAUUUAUAGCGUCGUUUGUAUUUCCGAUAUUCAUCGUUGAGCCUUCUUUAGCUAAUAAAUAUAUUUGGAAUGUUUAUAGACUCGUUCGUUGUAAAGUUUCGUUACGCAAUGUACCUGCCUGUACCUGCCUGUACCUGCGGUGCUGAGAGCUGUACCAUACCCGCUCGCUGUGUACUGUGUACCUACUGUUUCCUAAUGCAAUAAAUAACAAUUAAGAUUGUAUGUACCAAUGUUAAAGUACUUCUACAGUUUAGGUGAAAGUCUGAAAUGUAAAGAAUAUAAAUUUUUGCUUUCCA